AUGCUGAAGAAAAAAGAGGGUGCCGAGCUGACCAAAUUCUUCACACACACAUGCUUAGCAUUGAUUCCUAAAGUGAAUGCUCCUGAUAGCUUCUCUCAACUCAGACCUAUUAGUUUGUGCAACUUCUCAAACAAGAUAAUUUCCAAAAUUAUUUCUAUCAGGGUGAAUUCCAUCCUUCCUAAAUUGAUCUCAGAAAAUCAAUCAGGUUUUGUUAAAGGAAGAUUGAUCACAGAGAAUAUUCUCCUUACACAAGAGAUCAUCCGAGGAUCUAGAAGCAAGAAUAAAGGAGGAAAUGUGGUUAUUAAGCUAGAUAUGUCCAAAGCUUAUGAUAAGCUUUCAUGGACAUUUCUCUCUAAUGUCUUGAGGAAGACUGGAUUCUCAGAAAAGUUUAUUGAAAUGAUUUUCAGACUGAUUUCCAAUAAUUGGUACUCAAUCAUUAUCAAUGGCACUAGAUUUGGUUUUUUCAAAUCAACCAGAGGUCUCAAACAAGGCGAUCCGCUCUCUCCCGCUCUAUUUAUUUUAGCAGCAAAAGUCCUCACCAAGGCCCUUAACUCUCUUCACCAAAGAAAGGGCUUUAUUGGGUUCUCGAUGCACAAAAGAGGUCCACAAAUUAAUCAUUUAAGCUAUGCAGAUGAUUUGGUUCUUUUUACCUCGGGGAACAAAAGAUCUAUCAACUUGAUUAUGAAGCAAUUGAGGAGAGCUAUCAAAGGGCAUCUGGUCAGGAAAUUAAUAAUGAUAAAAGCUUCUUCCUUACUCAUGACAAGACUGACAGACUCACUAAUAAAAGAAUUAAGAGAUGAACAGGGUUGGCAAGAGAGGUUUCUAUCCCCUGGUGGUAAAGCUGUCCUUAUACAACAUGUCCUUCAGUCUCAGCCGCUUCACAUUUUCGCUGCCCUAAAGCCUCAUGUUACUGUGAUUAAAGAGAUUGAGAUGCACUUUUCAAAUUUCUUCUGCGGGCAAAAGGAUGGAAAAAAUAAAUAUCAUUGGUCAUCUUGGGAAAAUAUGUGUUAUCCAAAAAACGAAGGGGGCCUUGGAUUCAAGAGCCUACAUGAUAUUUGUCUUGCUUUCUCUGCUAAAAGAUGGUGGAGACUCAGAACAGAGAAAUCUCUUUGGGCUGAUUUUUUGAAAGCUAAGUAUUGCCAAAGAAGCAAUCCUAUGUCCAAGGUUGCCACUUCUAAAGACUCUAGUAGUUGGAGGGAGCUUCUGUUCAUGAGGGACAAGGUUGAAAAAUAUAUUUGCUGGAAAGUGAACUCAGGUGAAUGCUACUUAUGGUGGGAUGAUUGGACUUUUCAAGGAUCUCUAUAUUCUUUAGCAAACCCACCCUACAAACCUAGCAACUUGAAAGUAAACAAUUUCUUACAAGGUCGGGAUUGGGACUUGGACGAACUCAAUUUUAUCAUCCCUGAGAAUAUUCUAAGUAUUGUGAAAAAUAUCCACAUUGGCAACAGAGAACAAAAUGACAAAGCCGUUUGGAGGGAAACCAAACAAGAGACCAUUAAUCAUCUCUUUAUAGCUAGUGAUCUAGCAAAAAGAGUUUGGCAACAGAUAACUUCUCCCCUCGGGCUGCAACUGACCAGUCGAAACAUGGAGAACAUGCUCGAUCAAUGGUGGACCUUACCACCAAAAAAUGUUGUACAUAGGUUUUUACUCCUUAUUACCCCCAUCAUUGUUAAAGAAUCGAUGCAAAAAAAGUUUAGUAGGAUGGACCAACAUUGGGACCGGAAGCAAGUGUGUCAUAUAGCUGAAAAUUACAAAGUCACUGUCAGCAGCUUGAUGGUUUGCUGGAACAAACCUAGUGAUGGUACUUGGAAACUGAACACUGAUGGGAGUUUCAUGAAAGCUCAAAACAAGGCGGGGGCUGGCGGAAUUGUUAGAAAUAAAAAUGGGGACUUAGUCAUGGCAUUUGCGUAUCAGACUCAUUUCUACACUAACAACUUUAGUGAAGCCUAUGCUGCCUUAAUAGGAAUUUCAUGGUGCUGUGACAAAAACAUCAUGAACAUUGAAAUGGAAUUAGACUCGAUGAUCGUUAUCAACAUGAUCAAAGGGGUGACCAGACCCUCUUAG